AUGUGAUCUGGCGCUCCAGUCGCGGGCGGAGCAGUGAAGGAGGCGGGCACGGGUCGCGAACGCUGGAGGUGGGGGAGAGCUGAAGUCUCAGACUCCAACUAGAAGUAAUGGAAAACAAGAUGAAGGAUGGGAAAAAGAAAUUGCGACAUGUUCUGGAUGCUUGUACAAAAGCAGUAACGUUUCUGUACAUUUUGCUGUGAAGUGAUAAUUCCAGUGACGUUCUCUAAUAUGCCAAACCAGGAAUUCAUCACGGUGUGGGUACGAGACCCGCAAAUUCAGAAGGAAGAUUCCUGGCAUCCGUUUGUAGAUUAUGAAAUUUGUGUUCAUACUAAUAGCAUGUGUUUUACAAAGAAGACAUCUUGUGUCAGAAGACGUUACAAGGAAUUUGCUUGGCUAAGGCAACGGCUACAAGACAAUGCUGUGCUGAUAAGUUUACCAGAGAUUCCUCCUAAAAUAACCUUCCUCAGCACCAGUAACGCCAAGGUCUUAGAGCAGCGUCGUCAAGGACUUCAGGAAUUCCUAGAAAAAGUAUUGCAGAGCAACAUCCUCCUUUCCGACAGUAGAUUGCACCUCUUCUUGCAGACACAACUAUGCACCACAGAGAUUGAGGCCUGCGUCUCUGGUCUGACCGACUAUACAGUUUCUGAUGCUGUUCAUAGGCACGCAACGUCCAGCCAAAGGUUCCCUGUCGAGGAAGUGUAAAAAGCAAAGAUCUGUUUAAAUUCGAAAUGCAAGGAUUUUAAUCCCACUAUAUAUUUUUUAAAACCAUUGUUAAUCCAUCUCAUUGUUAUAGAGCUGUGACAGCUCAUCAUAGAAAGCUGCUCGCACCUCCACACUGACUUAAUGAAUGCAGUGAAAAUUCAAUUAUCUGUAUUCUGAUUAUCUGAAUUUCAUUUUGUUAGACUUGGGUUAUUUCCUUUUAAAUUAUCUAGCAAAAAAUAUCAGACUCUACUGCAAACACCUAAUUAAAAGACCAAAUUUCCUGUCUCUCUAAGACUGGAGAUAAUUAAGGUUCUCCUCUGUUACUCAGGCUUUAACUGUGUUGUAGAAACCAAUUUCCUCUUUAUUAUUUUAUUUUCAUCAGCACUUCAUCCUCAGGGCUUGGAAAUAGCAGCAGUGACAACAAUGUGAAGUCGUAAAAGAUGAAAAUUGCAAGGAUCUGUUUUGUGGCUCAUUUUCUGUUUUGGGCAUGUGUUCCAAAUCUGCAGUCUAGACUGUUCUCCAAACCUAAAUCAUCCAUAUAGACCUCAUUUGCAAAAGAAAUUCAUGGAAGCUCGGAGCUUGAUGCAGUGUUUUUCUUUUUGUAGAUGGGAAUGUCUGACUCUGAGCCGUUUUAUUUUUAAUUGCAACUUCUGGAAUGAAAAGAGAGAAAAAGCCUGAAGAAAUUUAGGCCUUUUUUUGUAAGACGUUCAUUUGUAGAAAGCACCAAAAUAAACGACUGCAAUUAAUUGAAAGAAAUUUAAACGUAACUGAAAAUGUAAAAUGCAUUUGAUGAAUCCUUUUUUAUGAACUGAACACAACAUUUAAUUGCACCUAAAUGUUGGUUGUGAGUUUGCAUUAUGUGUGCUACAAAUGGCAAUCCCAAAGUUAUCAUGGUUUGUUUUUAAUACAAGAGCUGUUGGUAGAAAAUAUUAUUCUUGCACAUUGAAAAUGUAAAUCAGCCAUUCAUAAAUUGCUUCUGUAUUAAUUUAUGGAAAUUUAUCAUCCAUUGCCUUGAUUUAAUAACUUAUUUGCUAAGCAAGCGUUUUCUUUAAGUCUAUGAAUUUAGCUACAUUUGAUUGAGACAGCAAAAUUCACUGAGGUAAAAUAAACGGGUAACUGUUUGCCUUAACUUAUCCAUUCCAUUUAAAUCAUUCAGUGAUUCUGCAUUAAUUAUGGCAGGAUUGGUUUACAGAACUUUCUGUUGAGUUUUAUCCUGUAGAUUCAGUUGGAAUUGUACUUGACGAUGUGUAAAAUUUAACAUUUGAUUUACUUAUCAGAGCAGUGUUAUUUUAUAUGUGAGGAGGAAUUUAGUUUGGAAUUACCCAAUUUGGUAAUUGGGUAUUUUUUUCAGAAUGUUCCUUGUAAAAUGUGUUAUUAGUCUUCGAAUUGUUAAAUACAAUUAGCAAUUCCAUUACUUUCCUGAAUAGUAAGAUGCUUCUCUGGGCAAAGGAAUAUUGGCCUAAUUGCUUGCUAGCAUUCCUUGCUUGAAGUGUAGGUGUUGGCAUUGUUCUGAUACACUUCUAGACAAAAGGCAGCUAAAGAAAAACUGGUUCCAUGCGUUACAUGAAAAUGGCCACUUGGUUGAGAUAACAAAUGAGCACUACUUACGAAACCUUGACACAGCAGGGAGUUAUCUUUAUUGGAGGGAGAAAGUUCAUUGAAUGUUUAUUGCAAAUGAGCUUUUUAAAAGAAAAUAAACGGUAAUUUCCUCUUUUAAGGAUAGAUUUUGAUUGUAAUUUCAGUGUUCUGCCCAAAGCUAUUUGUUCUGAUAUAUUUCACUUUUUUUUCCAUCUUUGGAUUUCAGAUUUUAAAGUUACUUAGGAAUUUAUGAAGCAAUAUAACUAUUGGCCCUCCGCAGACGUAUCCUAACUUUCUAAGUACUGCAUCUUCUAUUUUUACCUUUAAUAAAUAAAAAUGGGACGUCCUCAUGUUACUAAAGAGAACAGUUUAUUAAACUGUGAUCAUUAUUUGUCUCCUGAUAUUGGAAAUCUGCAUCUGUCUGAGUUUUUUUGAAUAUGGAGUUGUGAAUUAUUAUUUAGCCUGCUGGUCACGGUGGUCACCUGGUGUUGUCACUGUGAAUGUGAAAAUAAACUCUGCAGUCAAGGAUAGUUUUGCAGAAAAUGGAAGAAUGAAAGACACAGGAACUUUACGAGAUGUCUGAUGGGAUGCUACACGUCAUUUAUAUAAAUGUUUUAUAUUUUAUAUUUCAAUGUUCAUGGAAUUGUGCAAUUACCUUAUAAUAAAUUAAUCAAAUGUGAA